AUGAACGGAUUCACCGGGAACAUGCCUGGAAUAUGGACCGCAGUGUCUGAGGAGGUGGGGAGACCAGGUGCUCUCACAACGUUAAAGAAGGAUCAAGACGAGCACCAGAACUGCCGGUGCAUCGAAGGCUACGGACUAAGUGUGGAUGAUUGGGAUCACUGCCCGUACCCGAGGGUCCCGCGGGAAUGCACGAGGCCGUGGGCGGCGGACUCUGGCCAGCGGCUGAUUGGGACAUUCAUUGAGUGCGGGUUAACCAGCGGUGGCAGAAAGAGGGCGAGUCGGCUCCACAGCCUCACUAUCGCGGGGAGAGUCAGGAACAGACAAAACCACAAACAGCCUGAGGGUCCGUGCGGUAGUAACGGGGCUCUAUCCUCAUUCUACUUGAAGGCUCGAAAAGACAUUGUGGAGACGCCACGGAAGAAGGAGGAGAAAGAAGAGGAGGAGACAGAGGAAGAAGACUCAAGGGAGGAAGAGAACACGGCCCUGAAGGGCAGCCUGACAUCCCAGUCCGGUGUGCUGAACCCAUACCUGCACAAACAGUUAGAGCUGCACACGAAGGAUGAGAAGAUUAAUCAGAUCAUCCUCUUGCAGGACGUGAUUUACAACAUCAAGAUCGAGUUCAACAAGGAGUUUGAUGCAACCUAUAAGCAAAAGGAGGUGGAGAUCUCCCGAGUGAACGACAGAAACGUGCGUAUCAAGGAGGUCAUGAUGCAGCUGGAUAUGAAUGAGGAUAUCUGGGUGCCCACGAUGAGCAACAAUGAGAAGCCAGAGCGAGAUUUUGUGGUGCAGGACUUGGAGAUCACAGCUGAAAGGUUCCUCACACCGGAACAGAAGCAGAAGCUUGAGGAGGAGUACAGGGCAGAGCAGUUGCGAAUAUUGGCUGCCAAGGCUAACAACUGGCGUGAGCGUGCUCUGAACGACAUGAUGGGAGGAGUCCUUGAGGCAAAGAAAUCAGACAUUCUGAAACUGGAACUUCCUGUCCCAUAUUUCAUGAACUUGCCGGAAUACGAAUGGAACGAGGAGCAAAUCAAACAGGCCAAAGAGUACACCAUCAAGGAACAGGUGCUGAGUGAGGAGAAAGACAAGUACAAGAAGACGCUGGAGUCUGAACUCAGGAAACUGCAGGCUGCCAUCACAGAAACAACACAUGGUUUCGACGACAUCAUCAACAAACUCUUUGAAAAGAAAGUGAGAACGGAAAUGAUUAUCUACCAGGAAGAGCUGAAGAUCUGCAACCUGGUGUUCUCGCUGCAAAUAGAGGAAGAGUUACAGAACCGGAACGCUGAACUACACUACCUGCUGGCCAAGCAGAAGGAUUCAGUGGGUGUGAAGGCCCAGUGUGUGCAGGACACCCGGCUGAUGGUCGAGCAGUUCCAAGAGGCCUACAAUGACCUGGUGGCUGAAGACAGGCUCCUGGACCGUGGGUUUCGGAAGGAAUUUUUUGAUGUCAACGCUGCACUGGUCGACCAGCUCUACAAAUUGUACAAGCGCAGACCCAAGGUGCAAAUGAAGAGAGCCCAGGUGGCGACAGCCAACCCUUUUGGUGACCGGUCUGAGUUGGCCAGUGAAGGAUACGCCCAUCUGCUGGCUGCCAUGGACGAUUUAGAUUCAAUUCGCUUCAAGCCUGAGCCCCUGGACUACACGGUGUGGGAGCGCUUCUGUGCCAUCAGACGGAUGAAGAUAGAGAGCGAACAUCAGGUGAAGCUGAAGGCUGUGACCCUGGCUGAGAUGCAGACUUUCUUGCAGAAGAGGAUUGACGAGGAUGAGCACUGCAACCAGAUGAUCAGCAAUUACAUACAAGCCAUCAACAAUCUGCGCGAGAUCAAGUCACAGUUCCAGCUGAAUCUGAUGCUACAACUGGUGUUGAAGCAAGGCCAGGUGGAGGUGCAGAGUGACGACUUCAUCUCCGACUAUUCCAGCUCCAUCCUCCUGCACAAGGGCGUCGUGGAGGAUCUGAACAACACCAUUCAGCUAUUAGGAGAAAAGAAAGUGGCGAUUAUGGUGGAAUGCAAGGACUUCAAGAAAGGAAUUGUCCAGUUGGAGUGGGAGUACAAGAAGAUGCUGAUGCAGAUGGAUGACUUGCACAACAAGAUCCGUGACAUCCUCAAAUUCAGGAUCACCAAACAGGCACAAAUGUAUCUAAGAGAGGAUAAUUAUGAGGCUCGAGUCAAUCAACACAUAAUGGUAAUGGAACAGUCAGUGGAAGGACAGGAGACGUUUCAUGACAAAGUUAUUCUCCAGAAAGGAGACGACAUCAAAAAACUGGAGAAGCAGAUUUCACAGCUAAAGCGGGAAAUCAAGGUGAUGGAUCAACUGUUGAAAGAACAGCGCAUCUCCAUCAGUGAGAGGCAACAUGUCCAGGGAAUGACCAGUAUGGUCAAACCAGAAGAAGAUGCCCGUGCUCGCUUCAAGGAACUGAUGCAGCACAAGAGGUUGGUGGAACUGACUAGGGCCCAAGCUGAUGACAUUACUACCCUGAGGAAUGAGCUAGAGAAACAGCGCAUGAGAACAUUUCCAGUGCUGACAGAGAGAUAGGGACAAACUUACAAUUAAACCACUUUUGCUUCUGAUCUUCAGAAUGAAAUGCUAAAUGCCUAGCUUUUUCAAGAUUUAAUACAAAUCUAGACAAUUCAGAUGCAAUUGCUGUUCUAUUUAAAAUUUGUUUUCAUACAAAAUAAAGAUGUUUGUUU